AUGUUCAAAUCUCAGGAUUCCGAGAAACAGCGUUUGAUUUCUGACUUUAAAAGCAGCUACAGUAACAUUGGAAGCCUGUUAAAUCAUACUGAAGUCAACACAUCUGGUAGCGUGAAACAUUGUCAUGACAACAGCCACGCGCAGGAAGACCGUGAGAGAGAGAAAAAAGUGGCCAGGAAGCGCUUAUAUGUGGUGUCUGUCGUCUGCCUGGUUUUCAUGAUUGGCGAAAUCCUGGGGGGUUAUUUCGCGGGAAGCCUCGCAGUGAUGACCGAUGCCGCUCACCUGUUGGUGGACUUCACUAGCUUUGUCAUCAGCCUGUUGUCCUUGUGGCUCUCCUCCAGACCGGCCACGCACAAACUCAGCUACGGAUGGCACCGUGCAGAAGUCCUGGGUGCUCUAAUGUCGGUGUUCACCAUCUGGAUGGUAACGGGAGUGUUGGUUUACUUGGCCGUGGAGCGCCUCAUCAGUGACGACUACGAAAUCGAGGGCACGGUCAUGCUCAUAACCUCGGGCUGUGCUGUUUUGGCCAACAUUGUUAUGGCCCUCACUCUUCAUCAAUCUGGCCAUGGCCACAGGCGGAUGCAUCAGGCCAAUGCGAGUGUGCGUGCGGCCUUUGUGCAUGUGGUGGGUGAUCUUCUGCAGAGCCUCAGCGUGCUUGUCAGUGCAGUCAUCAUCUUCUUCAAGCCAGAAUACAAGAUAGCAGACCCAAUCUGCACGUUCCUCUUCUCCAUCUUGGUUUUGGGUACCACCUUCACCAUUAUGAGAGAUAUUCUAAUUGUCUUGAUGGAAGGUACCCCGGCAGGGGUGAGGUAUGGUGAGGUCCGGGAUGGUCUGCUGGCAGUGAAAGGGGUCACGGCGGUCCACAACCUUCACAUCUGGGCCCUCACCGUCAACCAGGCUGUGCUGUCUGCGCAUGUGGCCAUAGAUGAAUCCGUAGAUGCUCAGACAGUUCUGCGAGAAAUGACGCAGGCCUGUUACUCGUCUUACAACUUCCAUUCCAUCACCAUCCAAAUGGAGCGACAGGCAGACCUGAAACCUGGUUGCACCCUGUGUGAGGACCCAAAGAUGUAA